AUGAAAACUCUUGUCACAGCCUUGACUAUUGCCCUUGUGGCUUUCUUUGAUAUUUCAACAAGUCAGCAGAUGCAUCUUGUUCCUCAUUUGGCAGGGCCCCAGACCUAUGUGUACAGAUAUGAGGCUUUGCUCUUCAGCGGUCUUCACCAGAAAGAUCUGGCUCGAGCUGGCAUUAAGAUCAACAGCAAAGUUUUAAUCAUUGCGGCAGAUGACAAUAUUUUCUUGCUUAAGCUCUCAAAUCCUCAGCUGUUUGAAUACAGUGGUAUCUGGCCUGAGGACACUUUUGUCACUUCUAAAUUUACCUUAGAACUGGCUGCUCAGCUUCAGAUUCCUAUCAAGUUUGAGUACACCAAUGGUAUGGUAGGGAAGCUGUUCAUACCAAGUUUGGUCCCAACUAUCGUCAUCAACCUAUACAGGGGAAUUCUGAACAUUUUUCAGCUCAACCUCAAGAAGACCCAGAAUGUCUACGAGAUUCAGGAGGAUGGAAUUCAAGGUAUUUGCAAGACUCAAUAUGUGAUCAGUGAAGAUGAAGAAAACAACCACACCACUAUUAUCAAGUCCAAGGAUCUUACCUCUUGCCAUAAGAGGAUAAUGAAGGAUGUUGGCUUGUCUUACCUUGAGAAAUGUAUCGAAUGUCAGCAGAAAAUAAAAAGUUACUCUGGAGCUGUAACCUACAGCUACAUCUUGAAGCCAGCUCCAAAUGGUGUUAUGAUUACUGAAGCAACCGUCCGAGAGAUUCAUCAGUUUACACCUCAAUAUGAAAUUGGUGAUGCUACCCAGAUGGAAACAAGACAAACUUUGACCUUUCUGGAGAUAAUGACAACUGACAUAAUUCCAAUCAGCGCUGACUAUUUAGCUCGUGGAACUUUACAGUAUGAAUUCAGCACUGAAACACUCUGGAGUCCCAUUCAGCUCAUGAAAAUAAGUGAUGCACAGGCUCAGAUAGUAGAUGCUCUGAAUAAUCUGGCAACCAAAAAAAAAGAAGUCCAUGAAGAUGUACCUCUGAAAUAUAUCCACCUUAUCCAGCUUAUGCGUUUUGCGAGUGUGGAUGCUGUUGAGGGAAUAUGGUCUCAGUUUAAAACUAGGCCAAAUUUCAGGAAAUGGAUUUUAGAUGCUAUUCCUGCAGUUGGCACACUAGCUGCUUUAAAAUUCAUCAAGAAGACAUUCUUGGCAGGUGAACUAUCUUUUUCUGAGUUCACUCAGGUCCUUCUGGUUGCUGUGCACAUGGUCACCGCUAAUUUGGACACCAUUAAGAUGUACUCUAGCCUGGCUUUGCAUCAUAAAGUUCAAGAAACCCCAGUUCUACGUGAAAUUGCAAUGCUUGGUUAUGGGACAAUGAUUGCCCGCUAUUGCAGUGGUGCUCUUGAAUGUCCAGUUGAGCUUUUGAAGCAUAUUCAUGAGAUUGCUACUAAGGUGUCUGCAAAGGCUGAUAUUGCAGAGAUCACCUUGAUUCUUAAAGUACUGGGCAAUGCCGCCCACCCUGCUAGCAUCAAAUACAUCACAAAGUUUCUACCAAUAUUUGGAACACACAUACAUCAGUUUCCCAUGAGAGUUCAAGUGGAUGCCAUUUUGACUCUGAAGGCUCUUGCUAAAAAGGAAUCUAAACAGGUCCUGAAUGUAGUUCUGCAACUUUUUCUGAACAAAGAUCUUCACCCAGAGCUACGCAUGCUCUCGUGGAUUGUGAUUUUUGAGACAAAGCCAAGCAUGGGUCUGGUUAUUACUCUUGCACGUGGUCUCCGAUCAGAAAAAAAUCUACAAGUGUCUAGUUUUGCAUACUCUCACAUGAAAGCCUUGGCAAGAAGCACAGCACCUGAUUUUGCUUUAAUCGCCAUUGCCUGCAAUGUUGCCAUCAAGAUACUGAGCCCAAAACUGGACAAACUUAGCUUUCUUUACAGCAAAGCAUUUCUCUUGGAUGGCUAUACAUACCCUCUCAUGGAUGGUGCUGCUGCUAGUGCUUUCUUCAUCAACGAUGCCACCACUAUACUGCCGAGAGUGGUUGUAGCUAAAGUACAUGCUUACCUGGCUGGAGCAGCUGCUGAUGUUUUUGAGGUGAGUAGCAGUGGUGAUACAAUACUUCUCUAUGUUGGCAUCAGAACUGAUGGGAUUCAGGAGGUUCUUCUGAAAUCUCCAUUUCUGAAUGAGGAUGGACAGCCAACGAUUAGACAACUGUUUCAAGCUCUGAAAUCAUUCAAGACCCUGUCAAAGAAGCAGCACAUAGGCUCCAUCUAUAUUAAACUGUUUGGACAAGAGAUUGCAUUUGCGAAUGUUGAUAAAGCAGUUCUUGAACAGGCAAUACAGUUCACUACUGAAGGCCAUAUGGUUGAACUGAUAGAGGAGGCUCUUAAAAAAAUGCAGAAUGGCAUUGUCUUCCAGUACGCAAAGCCCCUGCUGAUGGGUGAAGUGCGUCACAUCUUCCCAUCAGCAGCUGGUGUACCCAUGGAGUUAAGCUUGUAUGCUGCUGCUGUUGUUGCUGGUAAUCUGAACGUCCAGGCAAUUAUUACACCACCUCUAACUGAAUUGACCAGUGUUGCUCAUCUCAUGAAGACAGAUGUCAAAGUGACUGCUGAAAUUUCACCAAGCAUUGCCUUGCAGGCUUUUGCUGUAGCUGGAAUAAACACUGGUUUUAUUCAAGCUGCUUCCAUCGCCAGAGGAAAGAUCCAUACAUUGAUGCCUCUAAAAGUGGUUGGAAAAUUUGACAUCACACAUGCUAAUUUCAAAUUGCAGACCUUUCCUAUUGCAUUUCCAGUGCAUGCUGUGACUGCACAGUACGUAACAGUUCACAGUUGUCUCCAUCAUUUCACCACUGUGUAUCUCAUCAAUAACAUUUUGUGCUUCUUGUUCAACUCUAGUUUCGAAACUUUAUCGGCAGCCGGAAACAUUGAGGAUGUCAAUGCACAGAUAAUUAAACCCACUUUACCAAAGAUGGUUGUUGUGCAAAGUUCUCAAAACACACUUACAUCAAUCAUUUCACCUGGAGCUUUGUCAUCUGAACCUGUUAUGCCACCUGUCAAGGAUCCUGAACUGAGGAGUAUUGUUCCAGUUCACAAAACUCUUUGUUCUGUUAUACCUCACAUUGGGAUCAAAACAUGCAUGGAAGUUUUGUCCUGUAAUGCUGCCUUUAUUAAAAACACCACACUUUAUAACAUGAUUGGACAGCAUGGGGGACUAGAACUAGAGGUCCAAUUGGGUGCCAGAGCUGCUAAAAAGCUCCUUAAAGAAAUUAACAAUGUUUACCUAAAGACUCCCAAGAUCAAGACCAUCCUGCAGAAACUAAGGGAAAUCCUUGAGGGAAGAAAAAGGGACAAAAGCUCCCGGUUCUUUAACCAUAAAAAAAUCCAAAUUGCUCCAAGUUCCAGCAGGCGCAGCUUUAGUUCCAGCAGUUCUGUUCACGAUUCCAUCUCCCAUCUGUCUGAAACUAGAUCACUUGUAGACUCGGUUCCUCCAGUGGUUGCUAUUAUUGGACGUGUUGUGAGAGUUGAUCACAAGUUGUUGGGGUACCAGCUGACUGCUUAUGUGGACCGGCCCAACUCAAGGGUGCAGAUGAUUGUGGUUUCUAUUGCAGCAAAGGACAACUGGAAAAUGUGUGCAGAUGCUGUCCUGAUGAGCAAGCAAACAAUUGUUGCAAAGAUGGCUUGGGGAGCAGAGAGCCCAAAAUAUGCAAUUACCAUCAAAGGUGGGACUGGCCACCAUGGUCCAAGUCCUAUGGUCUAUCUCAAAGUUAAGUGUGAGAAGGUGCCCAGAUUCAUUACCGCCUAUUCCAAGAGUGUGGCUGGAUACAUUCCUGGUGCAGCUGAAAUGACUGGACUGACCAUUAGCAAUGAAAAAAACAUUGAGCGACAGAUAGAACUAAUUAUACUUGUUCAAGAUUUAAGAACAUUGGAUAUUAUUAUCAAAACCCCAUUGAUGACCUUGUCAAAGACAAACUUGGUCCUUCCAAUCGCUUUGCCUUUUGAGGCCUAUCCAGAAGAUAAUGUCAUAAAGAUGAUUCAAAACUUGUAUAAAGAGGCUAGUUCAGCUAAAUGCAGCAAAGUCAGAAGCAUCUUGACAACAUUCAACCAUAGGACGUAUAACUGUGAAAUUCCUCUUUCCUUCUACCAAGUCCUAGUUCAAGACUGUACUUCCGAGCAUAAAUUUUUAAUCCUAAUGAAAAAGGAUGAUGUCUAUAAGCAUGAAGUCCUUAGCAUUAAGGUGGCAGACAUUGCUGUUCAGUUGUACCAACAAGACAGUGUAAUAAAGGUCAGAAUAAAUGGAACAGAAGUAACAACUGACAAAAUUCCAUACCAUCACCCAACAGGAACCAUACACAUUGAGAAGAAAGGUGCAGGGAUUGCUUUCUAUGCACCAGGCCAUGGUCUAAAUGAGGUCUAUUAUGCUGCCGACCAGUGGGAGAUUUAUGUUGGGGACAGGAUGAAGGGACAGACUCGUGGAAUCUGUGAAAAGGCUGAUGGAGAAAUCAAGCAGGAAUAUCGCAGACCCUAUGAAAACCUGACCAAGAGCUCAGUCGGUUUUGCCCACUCGUGGGUGCUUCCUGCUGAGAGUUGUCAUGAUGCUGAUCAAUGUCACACAAAGCUUGAAACAAUGACACUGAGGAAGCAGAGGUCAGAUUGGCAAGCUUCCAAAUGCUCCCCCACUCAGCCUGUGGUGUCUUUCAUUGAGGACUAGUUACUUCAAACUCUGACACUUUCUGCAAAUCUGAACAGCAACUUCAUGAUCUGAGAGAAACUGCAGAAGCUCAAUUGAUCUGUAAAUGUACAGAGGAAUGAUAGUCUUUUUAGAGUCCUGGUGUAGGAAAUACAGGGUGAUUAAAAAAGAAUAACACAACUUUCGGGUUGCUGUCCCUUAAGUGUCUGGAGGGGGGCAUAUUGAACAUUUAUGAACUUGUUUUCUACUGAAAAAAAAAAACUUUUAAGUACUCUUAACAUUGAUAAAUUACCCAAGAUUCCAUCAUGUUUCUUUGAUUAAAUACAUAUUUUCAAAGUUGUGCUAUUCUUUUUGAAUCACCCUGUAUUACAAAAUUUAAAUAAAUAAAAUGCAAGCUCUGAAAUCUAUCAAUCUGGUUUGGCUGAUAAAUAUUUACAAUUGUUUUAUGCAUUUUUAAUAUCUAACAAAAUGUGAUAUAGUCACAUACAUAAACGAUAGAUUGUAUAUUAUGAACUAACAGGAAAAAUAAUGUAUGUAUAAAUUAUUUUACCAAGAAUAAUACAUGCUGUGAAAAACAUUGUUCAUUGUUAAUUCUGACACCAAAUGCAUUGUUGAACUUUAACAUAGAGAACUAUUAAAAAGUGUUGCUCUGAA